AUGAAAUACAGUUGGCGAAAACGUGAGAAUCACUGUGACUUGGUUCAGCUGAUGUCAAUAUUACGUGAGAUACUAAGUUUACCACAAUUUGGCGGUGAAUUAUUUGUUCUGGUAGAAGAAAUAAAUUUAGAAAAAAAUACUGAGAAAUUUACAAUCAUCUUCUUGGUCAAAUGGACGUCUAUACAAGCAUUCAACUUCCACAAUAUUUUAAACCGUUUCUACAAAAAUACCUUUGAAUCUCAGAGUGGUGUCAGCUAUGCUUGA